AAUAACAUUUAACUAAAAUAUAUGGUUCAAAGCUUUUGCGCCGCACGUGCGUGAAGUCCCAUUUUGGCAAUAGACGUGGCGGGAAGUUCAAAUUCAUUUGGCGGGGUAUGAAAAAUGCCAUAAACAAAAAGUCCCGUUCCGUCACAAACAAAUAGGGGACCAAAACUUUCGAAUACGUGGCAACACAUGGUUGGUCAUUCCUGAUCUCAACCCUCACAGACAUGUAACACAAAAAACAAAAUCCCCUACUCUUACAUUACAUCCCCGCCAUCUUCUCUAAUUUCUCCAAUCCCAUUUCUUCACCCCAAAAUAUUAAGAAAAAAAAAAAGGAUAAAUAUACAAAUCAGAAAAAAUCAAAUAAUCGAGCAGGAAAUGGGCAUAAAUAAUCUCCUGAAAUUCAUGAAGACGUAUGUCGAACCCGUUCACAUCAAGAAAUACGCUGGAAAACGUGUGGGUAUUGAUGCAUACUCUUGGCUACAUAAAGGAGCAUAUUCAUGUAGUAUGGAGAUAUGCUUGGAUAUGGAAGGGGAUAAGAAAUACUGGUUCUUACGUUACUUUAUGCAUCGAAUAAAUAUGCUUCGACACUAUAAUAUUACUCCCGUAGUUGUUUUCGACGGAGGGAAUAUUCCAUGUAAGUCCACUACUGAAGAUCAGAGGCACAGGAGAAGAAAAGCUAAUCGCGAUAUGGCGAUGGAAAAGCUCAACGACGGCGAUUCUAAUUCUGCCUCCGAGUUUUUUCAGAGGGCUGUGAGUGUGACCCCACAGAUGGCAUAUCAACUCAUCCAGAUUUUAAGAUCGGAGAACACUGAAUACGUUGUAGCUCCGUACGAGGCGGAUGCACAGCUGGCGUAUCUGUCAGGUCUUGAAGCAGAAAAGGGCGGUAUAGCUGCAGUAAUUUCAGAGGACAGCGAUUUAUUAGCGUAUGGUUGUCCAGCUGUAGUCUUUAAAAUGGAUCGAUACGGCAACGGUGAAGAGAUAAUAAUGGAAAAGGUUUUUAAAAAUACUGUUGGUUCUGUACCGUCUUUCAAAAACUUCGAUAGAGAGUUGUUCACAGGUAUGUGUGUUUUGGCUGGUUGUGAUUUUCUUCCUUCAGUACCGGGAGUCGGGAUUGCAAAAGCUUACGGUUUUGUUGCCAAGUAUCGAAAUAUUGACCGUGUUAUAUCAAUGUUGAAGUUUGAUAAGGGUAAAGUAGUUCCUGAAGAUUACGACACGACUUUCAAAGAAGCAGUGGCAGUAUUCCAACAUGCCCGAGUGUACGAUUCAGUUUCAAGGCAACUCAAACACCUCAAGCCUCUUUCACCACAGCUUUUGCAGAAUCAAAAUCAAGAUCUCGAUUUCUUAGGGCCAGAUUUAUCCCCUUCAAUAGCAAUUGCAAUAGCUGAAGGGAAUCUGGAUCCGUGUACAAUGGAGGCUUUUGAUCAAUUCCUUCAACCCGGACACGUUAGUUUUCACCGAGAAAGAUUCUCGAGAGAAGAAAAAACUAGUACUGAAUCGACGCAAGAAGGGUCCUUCACUAUAGUUUCUCGCCACAAAACUAGCAAAAAGAGAAUUAGAGGUGACAUACCUCCACAUGCAAUAACCGACACUUCAGAAUUACAAGUGAAUGCAAAAGCAAUCACACAGGAAGUGCUGCACUCGAGUGAAGCUAUAGCCUUAGAAAAAUUGGCUUUCCCUCUGAGGAACGAAGCUUCCAAAAAAAAGAAAAAAGUCCCGACUAGCUUCGCGUCGAGCAAUAUUCCUAAUAAUAACCCCUUCAAGAAAAGAAAACAAAACGAAAUUCAGCUGAUUCGGGAAGUUGAUGUCGAUGUCGAUGAAGAAGCUUCUCAAGUGACUGAGAUUGAGAAUUCAAGAAUUGUUACUGACUCGCAGGAAAGUGUGGAUUCUAAACUUGUGAAGAAUACUUUAUUGAAAACCGCAAAGAAAGGCGACAAGUUAUUAAAACGAGGUCCUUGUGGUCCCGUAGAAUCCAAGACGAGUAGUAUUUUAAAAUUCUUUUCUCGGGUUUGAUUCUUUUUCCAUGUUAAAUUUAUAAAGAUUUUGAUUCAUUCA